AUGGCCAAGGGAAAGCAGCACGAGAUGACGCCGAUCCGCGAGAGCGAGGACGGCAUGUCGUCAAGUGGCGAGAACGUCGCAACAGAAGGCGAAGAGGAGGAGGAAGACGAGGAGGAGCAGCAGCGUCUCAACCUGCUCCACAACAGACGGAACCCGUACGGAGAGGAGGACGUUGCACCUCCUUCGAGCAAAGAAGGGGACGUCGCUGAAGGGAGCGAAGAGCUGACGCCGUACGUGGCCAAGUGUUACGGCCACUUGGAGACGCUGCAGAAGCGGAAACGCGAGCAGGAAGAGCAAGUGGAGACGCUCGUGGAAGAGACCUUUGGACAGAUUGAGACCAUUAUGCAAGAGAUUAUGCGCGGCCUCCAGGAACGCCAUGCCGUCUCCCACGCACAGUUUGAAGCAACGGAGAGCAAACUCUCACGCAGCUUGCGGGAGCAUAAUCGGACGGAGAAGAAGCUCAAGUUGAUUGCGUCGAUUCUGCUGCGCGAGGACGCCGAGGAGUAG